CUUUUUGCUCAGCUCUAAAGCUUGUACAGACCUCUGGAUAAUGGCUCCUACCAGCAUUUCACUCAAUUCCCUCUCAUCAAAGGAGAAAAAUAAACUGAGAAAACCUAUUGUGGAAAAGAUGCGCAGAGACAGAAUCAACAGCAGCAUUGAACAACUGAAACUGCUUCUGGAGAAAGAAUUUCACAAACAAGAACCUAAUGUCAAGCUUGAAAAAGCCGAUAUUCUAGAGAUGGCAGUGAGCUACUUGCAACAGCAGAAAAGUCAGUUUUCAAACCCGGAAAACUUAGAGCAGGAUUACAAACAUGGAUACUCAUGGUGUUUAAAAGAAACAAUGCAGUUCCUUCAUUACUGCCCGGAAAGCACUGAAGCCGGCGUGAAAUUACUUGACCACUUGCAAGCACCGCAGACAGUUUCCACCGGUCCUCUCCUACAUGCCACCAAAGCCAUCAACUCUAAACCGGCUGUCAGUGCAAACAAUCCUGGCAAGAUAUGGAGGCCUUGGUGAAGCAGUCUCAACUCCUUAAGGACAUUAAAAGCAAAAAGAGGAAAAAAA